GAGUGGAUCUCAAUAUCAACAUGAAUCUUUUCUGUUUUUCUCUGGAGGGCUCAAUGGACAGCUUGUAUGAGCCUGUCCCACAACAUCAAGAACCCAAGGAUGCAACUACUAUUGACAGCCGGCCUAGUACUCCAGUGAGCAUGCAAGCAAACUGUGGACCAUCUGAUAGGUCUAUGUCUUUGGAAUUUCCUGACAUUGAGAACACAGUGACGAAAAAAAGAAAAUCCAUCCAGAAGUCCAUGUCUGAAAAUGAAGCAUUCGACAGGAAAAAUGUGAAUGGCACACCUUGGCAGGAUUCCAGGAAGCCAGAGAAUGAUUCCUACAUCAGAAGGCACUGUCAGCUUGAAGACGAUAAUACUAUCGGCGGAGGGAUACGUUUGCUGCAAGGAAAGAAGAUAGAAGAAACAGCAUGCCAGGUGAUAAACUAUGAGCAGUGGAUCCCACCACGUGUUCACCAGACAAGUGUUGCUGGUAACAGUGAAAUGAGUACAGAACCAGAGAAUAAAGCAGAGUCCAUGGGAACAUUAAAACGACUGCAGAAAUUAGUCCGAACGAAAAAAACGAGCACACAAAGCCUGGAGGAUGUCAAGCACGUUAUGCCCCCUCUCAGUACAUUAGAAGAUGCUUACCUUUUUGAAGAGGAUGAAGAGGCAUUAACUUCAUGUAUGAAACUGACAAAACCUCAGGAAAAGAAGACCUGGAAAGACAAUAUGAGGAGAAAAGACGAGACUGAAACUAGGGCAGAGUUUGUUUCUUCAUCUCUGGGCCGCUCAUACACUUCCAAAUUUAACAACUUAGGAACUAUUUCAAUCUAUUCAGAAACCGAAUUUCACCUGUGGAGUGACUGGAAAUCAUUCCCUGAUAACCAACUCUGUCCUUGUGACUUCUUGAUUUCAAAAAUAGAAGAAUGGGAAAAAUGUACUUGCUCAUCUCAUGAACCACAUCUUACAUAUUCUCUAACUGAUAUGGAUCUACAGUACUCCUGGCGCACGAGCAGCUUUGGAAGCUUUGACCGUUUCAGACAUCACUCAAUAUCAAAGGCAGAUGAUUCAGCUGAGAUAUCUGAGUUGGAGACUGUAAGUGACAUUGGAGAUGCAAUGCAAACUAAAGCAGCAAAUAAUGGAGGAAGUUUGGGUAAGAAGAUGAGAGCCAUUUCCCUUACCAUGAAGAAAAAGAUGGGUAAAAAGUACAUCAAAGCACUCUCUGAGGAGAUGAAUGAAGAAGAAAAAGAUGACAGUGAUCCUGGUGGUGGAAUACACACUGAGAAGGUCUCUCUAAAAGCUAGUGACUCUAUGGAAAGUCUCUAUAGUCUCAACAGUGGCCAAAGCUCAUCUAGUGGGGUAACCAGCUGCUCAGAUGGAAUGAGCAACAGGGACAGCCUCCGGUUUGAUGAUGAAGUCCCUUACAGUGGGCCCUUCUGCGGUCGAGCUAAAGUUCACACUGACUUCACACCAAGUCCAUAUGACACUGAUUCUCUUAAAAUCAAGAAAGGAGACAUUAUUGAUAUCAUCUGCAAAACCCCUAUGGGCAUAUGGACAGGCAUGCUGAACAACAAAGUAGGAAACUUCAAGUUCAUUUAUGUGGAUAUUAUCUUGGAAGAGGAAGCUGCACCCAGAAAGAUAAAGCCGCGCAGAGGAAGCAAAAGGGCCAAGCCUAAAACGCUGCAAGAGCUCCUGGAUUGUGUCCACCUGCAGGAAUAUGCCUCAACCCUCUUGCUAAAUGGCUAUGAAACUUUAGAGGACUUAAAGGAUCUACGGGAGAGCCAUCUGAUUGAAUUAAAUAUUUCAAAUCCAGAAGACAGGGCAAGACUUUUAUCAGCAAUUGAAAAUUUGCACGACUAUGACAUUGAACAACAGCAGAAAAGUGAGGAUGGCCAAGAGAUGCAGAACUUAAGCCCUCAUCCGAGUUUUGACAAAUCACAGUUAAAUGACUGCCCGAGAGAUUCUGGCUGUUACAUCUCCUCAGAAAAUUCAGAUAAUGGUAAAGAAGAAGUAGACCCAGAAACCCUGUCUGACAUGGUGCAGUCAGUAUCAAUCACUGAGUCAAACUGACUCAGUCCUGCUGCUUUUCUGCAGACUUGCUGGUAUGAUGGCACAGAAGCAGAACACAGAACAUUCUCAACACCAGAAAUCUACUUCUGUCUGAUGUAUGACACUCUAGACUGUUUAAUACGUGGACACUUAAUAGGUAUAUGUUAGCUGAUAUUACUGUGUGCUUUGGUUUUCAAUCAAUCCACAGACAUUUCUCUGGGAAAGUUUAUACAUAUGUAUUUAUGAAUAUUUGUAAAGCAAAUGUAUUUUCUAUAAUAAUGGAAAUUUGGUUUAGGUAGUGGCACACAAUCUGGACACAUUAAUUUCUGGAACUGUCCUCAAUGUAAAUAUUGUACAUAUCUAUUUUUAAAAGAUAUGGAUUAAUCACACUGUCUGUAUUUUCAGAUGUGUGUUUUGCUGAUAUUUGUACAGAAUGUAUUUUCGUUGAUAUGUUGUCAUAAUAAAGAGGUGAAUACAUUCACAUCCUGUUCUGAAAACAUACCAAGCUAAUUCUCAUUAGUAUUAAAGCUGUUUCACACCAUUGUUCUCCAAAAUGGGCUCUAAAGUAGGCUAUCAUCUACUACAUGUUAUCAUGGAGAUAUGUAGGGAUCUGAAUCAAUCUCUCUUUGUUCAUUAUCUUUUAGAGAACAUAGCUGUCUGAAUGCCUUAUGCAUUGGCAUUUCUUUAGUAUUAUUUUCACUCCUGAUCUCUUUCUUCCCAAACAUUAUACAAAGAAUGCAAGCUUGAAGGGGGGGAAAUCUGUGUCAGUGCUAUGUUUUUAUGAUCUUUUUUUCACAAAGCUCUUGCCUUUUGUGUGAUCUUUGUUAAUUGAGUAUAUGUUUGUAUACAAAUCUCAGAAGCUAACAUGGUUAUUGUGCACUAUUAUCUUCCAUAUGAGAUUUUGUUGUCAUAUCCCACUAUAUUUUGCACUGGAAUACACAUUUUAUCUACCUGUCCUCUUUUAGGGUACUUCUUCAUUAAUAAACAGAAUCAUGUGAUUGAGACCUUUACAAAAUGUUUGUAAUGUGAUGGUUACACAUCAAACUCUGCUCUAAGAUAGACAUAGGAGGUGGCAACUUCACUGAAUGUUUUUAUCAUGCGUUACAAUCUUUGUAGCAGAUCAAUAGGGAAACUUUUUGCUCACAAAUUAGCCACAAGACAUGGAAAGUUCUGAAGAAGCUAUAAAGAAACAUAAAGCUUUUCCUUUUCUUUCCCCAAUCCAAAUAGUUGCUUUAUUUUUCCACAGUCAAAUGGCUACUGCUGUCAAACUCCUAAUACUCAGACCUGUUUUGAAGAUUAUAGUAUAAACCCAGCAAUUUUAGA